UCGGAGGGAGCUUGGUGGCCUUGCAGUUUCCCUCACGCGACUAUAUCAGAAAUCGCAGAGCUCUCGUGUGACGUGCAACGGGCCUCUAUUAUUAUUCAAACCGUCUUCUCGUUCUCGAGUAGGCGUGAGUUGGAGUUGUAAAAAUGGCAUCGCUUCCAGAGCAAUUGAUAGCGGUUUUGAGACAGGUGUUGGGCAAGGAAGGCAAAAUUCUGGAAAAGCACUCGAUCGCGGCUGGAUGCAAACCGGGAGACAACUUCAUGGGUGAAAUAACCAAAGUGACCGCGCACAGUCGCGACGGCAACGGUGCUCACGUGGAGGACAAGUUUGUGUUCAAAUGUCCACCGGCCGACAAAGCCUAUCGGGAGGGAUUGCAGUCGCACAAAUUCGUCAAAAAUGAAGAGGCUUUUUAUUCUCAAGUGGUGCCUGCGAUGGACGAGUUUUUGAAAUUGGCAAGCGGAAAUAAAAUUGCGAGUGUCCCGGUGCCGAUAUAUUUCUGUUCCACUUCUGAUGGCGAUUCGGACGUGCUAGUUCUUGAAGACCUCAGCCUGAGUGGAUUCACUCUGGGAGAUAAAGUAGAGGGAUUCAAUUUGGAGGAAUGUCACUUUGUGCUGAAAAAAUUGGGUCUCUUCCAUGCAAUUUCCCUAGCAAUGCAAGAAUUGAAACCGGAGGAGUUUUUUAAAGUGAGAAAUUACAUCAAAGAGGUUUUCUUCUUUGAAGAGGGAAGACCUCAGUUCAGCACGAUUCACUUUCCUUGCAAUGCAGGUGUGAGGAUGCUGCAGGACAGGUACCCAAAGAAACCCGAAUACGUGCAAAAAUUGCGCGCCGUCUCGGACGAGUUUUUCACCAAUCUAGUUGAAAUGGUGAAAACUCCGACACCCCUAGCCGUAAUCAACCACGGUGACUGCUGGGUCAACAACACCAUGAUCAAGUACGAGCAGGGCAAGCCGGUGGACUUGCGUUUCCUUGACUUCCAGAUUGCCAGAUUCAGUUCUCUGGCGCUCGAUCUGAGCUACUUGCUGUACUGCAGUUGCCAGAAGAGUUUGCUUGACCAACAUUACGAUGAAUUUAUCAAGACCUACGUUGAUGCUGUGAAUGAAGCAAUUCUAAGCAUGGGAGCGAAAAAGUCAAUUAUUACCAAGUACCAAGUUGACCAGGAAAUGAAAAGGUUUGCCAGUUUUGGAGUUCUUCACGCUCUCAUGGCAGUGCCGUUUUUCGUAACCCCAGUAGAGGACCAACCGAAGUUGGAGGGCGGGAUAGAAGUUUUCGAUAAGUUUCACCAGACAACUUAUAAAAAUGUGCUUAUUAGAGACAGAGUGACGGACAUGAUUGUUCACGCAAUUGAAAGGGGUUUUUUAUAAAAUAUUCACACUCCAAAGAGCAGUCAUAAUUUUUAAAAUUGCUUAAGUUAAAUCAGCUAAUUUACAACAAAAUGUGCUUAAUAAAACUUAAAUUUAUUAAA